AGCGUAUCGCGACAUCGUCAAUCAUCAAGGAACAACUUAUAAACCAUGAAUGUCUGUGCAAAAUAUUACUGAAGGUGCUGAUCUUUUUACCAAUCGCACAAACAUCCACAAUGGCAAUCGACAUCCCAACCGGACCUCCAGGUCAGCCAGACAUCAGCUACGCCCCCGAUCAUGCCAAAUAUAAAGCGCGGACUGAGCACCGUCUAGCCACAGAGAAGCUCCCUACUACGCUCCCACCCGGGUUUCCUGAGAAGCUUGAAUCGAACCUCGUCUGGGACAACACAGACAUAGCGUCUCGCUACGAUUGGACUUAUGUACUUUCCUCCAGCGAUCUCGCAGAACUCGACUCUGCGCUGCAGCAUUUCAAAAGCUUGGGAAAGCCGCCAGGAUACAUUGACCAGAACACAUUCCCACUCAAAGACCUACACGAGAGCUUGAGACAAGUAUCUCGAGACGUGCACACGAGCUUCGGCUUCAAAGUCGUGCGGGGCGUUCCAGUGGAGAAGUAUUCUAGGGAAGACAUCCUUGCCAUCUAUACCGGCCUCAGCGCACACGUAGCCGAUACGCGCGGACGACAAGAUCACCAAUGGGAAGGCCAGCCCGCCGACGUCGUUCUCAACCACAUCUACGAUCUCAGCGCCAAGGUCGACGCGAACAAGAUCGGAGCCCCCGCGUAUACGACUGACAAGCAAGUCUUCCACACCGACAGCGGCGACGUGAUAGCUCUCUUCUGUCUCGAAGAAGCUGCGGCCGGCGGCCAGAGCAAGCUCAGCAGCAGCUGGAGGGUGUACAACGAGCUCGCGGCCACGCGACCGGAUCUCAUCCGCACACUUGCGGAGCCGUGGGUGAGCGAGACGUUCGACGGCCAGGGAAAAGGGUGGUCCGAACGGCCGCUGCUGUUCUACCAAAGGCCUACCGGGACAAGCCCAGAGCGCAUGAUUAUCCAGUAUGCGCGCCGCACGUUCACGGGCUUCCAGGCUCUGCCGCGCUCUAAACACAUCCCGCCUAUCACUGAGGCGCAGGCGGAAGCUCUCGACGCGCUGCACUUUCUUGCCGAGCGGUUUGCGGUCACACUGGAUUUCCAGAAGGGAGAUAUCCAGUUCGCCAAUAACCUGUCCAUCUUCCAUGCGAGAGAUGGGUUCACGAAUAGCGCUGAGAAGCAGAGGCAUUUGGUGAGGCUGUGGUUGAGAGACGACGAGCUGAGGUGGGAAAUUCCGGAGCAGCUUGGACCGAGGUUUGAUAAGGUCUAUCAGGAUGUGCGGCCUGAGAGGCAGGUUUUCCCACUGGAACCAUUUGUCAGGAGCAGUGCGGCUGGGAAGGGGCAGAAAGAGAAGGAGGAUGGGGUCUUGCGGUACUAGAAUCGAGAUACGUCGGUUGUAAGCCGUAUCUAUGUUGAGCCAGGUGCCUGAAAGCAAGUGAGUCAAGAGUCAGGAUUGACCUGGUGGCCACCUCCUUUCUAUUCAGUCUGCGAACCAUUCCGAAAGAUCUAGACCGCUAUCGCAUGUGCUAUGUAAUCUUGGACUCGAAAUGCCAUCGUCGUUCUAGAACUCUAUAGGCUAUCGCCAUGCUAUUUGCCCCCAAUGUCUGCACAUAGCCUGUGAAGCUCUGCAUUUGGCCGCCACGUCCCAACCCUCCACCGUAUCCGGCGAUGAGCCAAGUAAUCGCCUUUGCAGUAUAAUGGGUCUGCCGUGAAGUCUCCUUCACCCGGCGCCGCGUAUGUGAUACCCCAAGCAAGCAGGUGGCUGCUUUCCUCGCCCACAAUCCGGGAUAUUGUAUUGUAAUCGAA